GAGGGAGCCGGCAGAUCCUCCUCCCGCCCGCGCCCGCCGCCCUCUCUCCGCUCCCUUCUCGGCCUCCGGGCUCCAGCCAAGGGGCGCCUGGGGUUGCGAUGACCCCGGGGAAGGGCAGCGGAGAGCCACAGCCAGAGCCCCGCCCGCAGCGCUUCCCUGGGACGGAACAUGCGGAGCCGAUGUUACGUGUUUGGGGAAACCUGACUACAUCUCUCAGAUGAACCUCAGUCUCAGAAGAUGCCAUUAGGAUACUCCCCUCUAUCUUCUCAGAACAUGGAGGAAAAGGAUAAUGAGAAAUACAACCAAGCUGGCCAAAUAUUUGAAAACUUUGUCCAAGCCUCAACAUGCAAAGGCACAAUUCAAGCCUUCAAUAUCCUCACCCGUUACCUUGAAUUAGAUCCGUUGGACAACAGGAACUUUUAUCCAAAGCUGAAAUCAAAGGUGACCAGUUGGAAAGCCAAAGCUUUGUGGAAUAAGCUAGAUAAAAGAGCAAGCCAUAAGGAAUAUAAACGUGGGAAAGCCUGUGUGAAUACUAAGUGUUUAAUAGUUGGAGGUGGUCCCUGUGGUUUGCGGACUGCCAUAGAACUUGCCUUUCUUGGAGCCAAAGUUGUUGUGGUGGAAAAGCGAGACACUUUUUCAAGAAACAAUGUUCUUCACCUCUGGCCUUUUACUAUUCAUGACCUUCGCAGCCUGGGAGCAAAAAAAUUUUAUGGGAAGUUCUGUGCAGGAUCCAUUGAUCAUAUUAGUAUUAGGCAGCUCCAGCUUAUCCUCUUCAAGAUUGCACUGAUGUUGGGAGUCGAAAUUCAUGUGAAUUUAGAAUUCACGAAAGUUAUAGAACCUCCUGAAGAUCAAGAAAAUCAAAAAAUAGGUUGGCGUGCUGAAUUUCUCCCAAUGGAUCAUCCUUUAUCAGAAUACGAAUUUGAUGUUAUUAUUGGUGCUGAUGGCCGCAGGAACACUUUGGAAGGCUUCAGAAGGAAGGAAUUUCGUGGAAAGCUGGCCAUUGCUAUCACUGCCAACUUUAUAAACAGAAACACGACUGCAGAAGCAAAGGUGGAGGAGAUCAGUGGGGUUGCUUUCAUUUUCAAUCAAAAAUUCUUCCAAGAUCUGAAAGAAGAAACAGGAAUUGACCUGGAGAAUAUUGUUUACUAUAAAGAUAGCACCCACUAUUUUGUGAUGACUGCAAAAAAGCAGAGUCUUCUGGAAAAGGGAGUCAUUAUUAAUGAUUAUAUCGACACAGAAAUGCUACUCUGUGCAGAAAAUGUAGACCAAGACAAUCUAUUGUCCUAUGCAAGGGAAGCUGCUGACUUUGCAACUGAUUACCAAUUGCCUGCUUUGGAUUUUGCGAUUAAUCAUUAUGGGCAGCCAGAUGUGGCUAUGUUUGAUUUCACAUCCAUGUAUGCCUCGGAAAAUGCGGCGUUGGUACGAGAGAGGCACAGACAUCAACUCCUGGUUGCUCUUGUUGGAGACAGUCUAGUGGAGCCCUUCUGGCCGAUGGGCACGGGUUGUGCAAGAGGAUUUCUGGCUGCAUUUGACACAGCAUGGAUGGUGAAAAGUUGGGCCCUAGGAAAGCACCCAUUUGAUAUCCUUGCAGAAAGGGAAAGCAUAUAUAGACUCCUACCCCAAACUACACCUGAAAAUAUCACAAAAAACUUUGACCUAUAUACCAUUGACCCCGCAACACGAUAUCCAAACUUGAAUUCAAGCUGUGUUCGUCCACAUCAGGUGAAGCAUUUAUACAUUACGAAUGAGCUGCAGUCUUGCCCUCUAGAAAGAUCAACUUCCAUUAGAAGAUCAAUUGGUAUUUCAAGACAAGAAUCAGAUGUAAGGCCAAACAAGCUUUUGACCUGGUGUCAGAAACAGACAGAAGGCUACAGGAACGUUAAUAUUACGGAUCUCACUAGUUCAUGGAGCAGUGGACUUGCCUUAUGUGCAAUUAUACAUCACUUCAGACCCGACCUCAUUGAUUUCGAUUCUCUGAAUGAAGAAGAUGCUGUCAGAAACAACCAGCUGGCAUUUGACAUUGCUGAACGAGAGUUUGGAAUUCCUCCCAUCACUACUGGGAAAGAGAUGGUGUCUGCCGGGGAGCCUGAUAAACUCAGUAUGGUCAUGUACCUCUCCAAAUUCUAUGAGCUAUUUAGAGGAACACCUCUCAGAGCAGUGGGUACUGUGGGCAAGCAAAAUGGAGAAAGAAAUGAUAUUUGCUCAACAAAAUCAACCAACUUUAUCUUUAAUAAUUACAUCAACCUAACAUUUCCAAGGAAAAGAGUUCCUAAAGCAGAAGAAAAUGAAACCAAUAAAAGGCGGCGUAAAAGUCUCAUUAAUUUUGAAGAGUCCUCAAGUUCUUUGAAUCAUGGAACAAACUCUAAUAACCAACUAGCAGAUGUUAAAGAAGCACUAAAUGGAAACAAAGUGAAGUCUAUGGCAACUCAGCUUUUAGCCAAAUUUGAAGAAAAUGCUCCCAGCGUUUCAAUACGGAGGCAGGAACUUGUAGAUCAACCUGCUUUGCACCUUUCUCCUGAAUCUCCUAUAAAUCCUCGCUUUGCUAAACCCAAGGAACCUAUAAAUCCUCACUUUGCUAAACCCAAGGAACCAACCUGCAACCCACCGCCUCCUUCAAAAAGCCAGUUUCAGGCCAUAGCUAGGCCUGACCGUGUGGUCAGGGAGCCUAUGCAGUCUUUGCCAGCGGUCAGGCCCAUGAGCUGUGUAGAACAAUCUGAGCUGAACUCCAGUCUUUCUGAAACCCUUGCCUCUUCCUGUCCUGCUGCAUUUGCACUGUCUGGUGUGCUUCAACGCCUUCAACAUGUGGAGGAAAAAAUUAAUCAGAAGAGAGCUCAGUCCAUUGCAAAUAGAGAAUUUCAUAAAAAGAGCAUUAAAGAGAAAGCAGCUCAUCUUGCAUCAAUGUUUGGCUGUGUCGACAUCCCAAAGAAUAAACUUCCUACUAAAGGUCUGUCCUAUUCUCAGCACCUAUCUCCCUCUUGCCUUUCAUCUCAUGGUUCAGCUGCUUCCUCUUCAUCCAUUGACUACUCCGCUUCCCCUGCCAUUCAUUCUAAAAAGAUGACAGUAGGGAAGGUGUCACGUGGAAUAGGUGCAGUAGCACAAGUUCUUGUCAAUCUGUACAUGAAUGAUCACAGGCCCAGUCCAUUGUCUACAUCCUUGGAACUGAAUGAAUCAGCAGAUGGAGUUGUUGCUGCUACUACUUUCUCUACUUCUUCAUCUGCCUCUCCAGCUUUUCCUUCGACUACUCAGAGCUGUCAGGGUUCUCUGAGGAAAGAAUUUCCUCAGUCAAUAGGUGGGAGCGAUGUUUGCUGUUUCUGCAAGAAAAGGGUGUACGUCAUGGAGCGCUUGAGUGCCGAAGGCCACUUCUUCCACCGAGAAUGCUUCAAAUGUGCCAUAUGUGCUACAACUCUCCGCCUAGCAAUGUAUGCCUUUGAUGCAGAGGAAGAUAAAUUUUAUUGCAAGCUCCAUUUUGCACAGUGUAAAACAAAGAAUACACAUAGAAAAAGAAGAACCAUGCUAAAGAGUCAUGAAAAGGAUGAAUUGUGGAAGCAAGAAGAACCUAUGUCAUCUGAAACCACCUCAGAAUGUGCUUUUGCUGCCAGUAGCAGCUCAGAAGACCGGUCCCCAGAUUGCUACACCUGCUCAAUGGAUGAGCCAGUCUUUCCAAAGAAAUCUGGAAAUGUCCCUGGUUUUGACUUGAAAGGGAGGCAUCCCUCUGUGUCUUCUGAGUGGGCCUUGGUAAGAGUUACUCCAGAAGAAAAGAGAACGGAGCACAACCUUUCGGCUGUUCGUGUGACAGUUAACAGUGAUGGAAGCAGCUCAGAAUUAGAACCUGAUUUCUAUGGUGAUUCCUCCACCUCUGGAUUUAAUGAAGGACUAUUGCCUGCGCCAAGGAGGCCCCUGUUAACAAACACAGAUUUGAUGAAGGAGAAAGAAGGCCCUGGAAAAUCCAAAGCUGCACAUGCUCUGCAACGAGCGUAUAGUCUUCGGGACUCUUCAACCUCCAAGAAAUAUCAGAACUGGAAGAAGAAAAUUCAGUCAACAUUUCCUCUACUGCAUGGCAAGAAAAAUGGAUCAUCUUCCAAAGACCUCUCUAUCAUCUUCCAAAACAAUGAUCAAGAUGAUCUCGUUGACAUGGAGCUGACAUCUCCCAGCAAGAUUCCAGAAACUGCCAAAGGACAUUUCAAGCCCCAUGACCCAGCAUUUCCUAUUAAAAAGGAUGCCACAGAUAACUUUGGAGAAAUCCCUUUCUAUGUACCUCAUUAUUCCCUUUACAACUGCACUGAAGGAUAUUCCUUAGCACAGAGCAAAUCCUUUUCUCAGGUUGAUCAGACUUCAACUCCAAGUUUGUCUCCUAAACUUGGAGUGAAAGACCAAUCGUCAGGAAACCAGACUGUGAAUACUGAACAACUGACCUCAGGACUGUUUACAAAGAAUUGGGAUACAUCCUCUGUAAACCCUGAUGAGGGAGAUAAAACAUCACAGUCUGGCAAUGAACAGCAAGACAAACAUUUAAACAAAGCUAAAAACAAGAUAAUGAGGAGGUUAACUCUUUCAAUGGAGCACCAAGCCAAAUUGUUUGCUAGCAAUGAUGCCGGGACAAGCAUCCAACAGCAUAUUGAAGGGAUUCCAGAUGAGAAGAAUAUUGAUUUGCAUAGAGAUGAGAAUAUAUCAACACAAUCCAGUUAUGGUACAUCUCCUAAACUUUCAGGUAAUCAUGUGCCAGCUUUCCCUCUUGAAAACAGACUUCCAAAGAAUGUGGAUCAUUCUUCCAAAGAACAUAUGUCAACUGAGCCUAAACCACCACUGAGACUACUUGCCAAUGCUAUAAAGAAAUCCAUCUUGGAACCCCGUAUUUCUUCUCCAGAAAGUCUAAAAAAGGACCAGGACACACAUGGCAAAGUUCAUUCAGAAAACACAUUUUUCAAUUUCCCUCAUCCCCUAUGUGAUUCUGUAAGUCUAAGAAAUGGCAAGAAUCAGGGAGACCCUGAUGUUUCAGAGCCAGAACUCAGUGUGUUGAAUCCUGAAGGAAAGGGAUUUGGAAUUGGAAGUUCAAAAGUAUCUGAUGGUCCCUGCACCCCAACAGAGGCAUAUUCAUGUGGUGCUUCUCCUGUUUACAGCACACAAACCAGUCCACUUAAGAGUCCUCACAAAAAUAAACCUCUUUCCUAUUCCAAUGUGGAAGAUGUGCCAACUCUCCUAGAAAGGUUUACCCUUAAAGAGAACCUCUGGACAUCUGCCAAGGAUGAUUGGAAUGCUCAUAAUCAAAAGAACACAAUGUGUCCAUCUGUGAAGCAAAGAAGCAAAAGUGCGGCUGCCUUUUCAGAUAAUCCUAUUCAGAGGAAUAAUAUGUGGAACUUGUUUAGCAACUUCAGAAAUAAAUUAGAGGAAAGAGUUAAAGCCCCUUCUUCAAUGACAGCUGUGUCACCCUGUGCCAUCUUUGAUGUUGAUGAAGUAUUAAAUCACACUUCCAAAGGAGAAGAAGGUCCUAAAUACCCACCCUCCAGAAAACAAAUGUCUAAAUACACUUCUUCAUCUUCUGAUGGUGAAUUAGAACACAAGUCUUCAUUAUCACGCAAGACAAAAAGAUCUCGCAGAAAAAACAGAAAGUUGGAAAAGGAAACGAAGCAACUAGUUAAGCAAGAGGAAUUAAAAAGACUUCAUAAAGCACAAGCUAUCCAGAGGCUGCUGGAAGAAGUGGAUGAGAAGCAAAGAGCUCUGGAGAUACAUGGUGUUAAAAUAGAGAAGGAACUACGGGGAGAAACAGAUUCAAGCACACAAGAUGAAACUCAGCUGCUACAUGAAUGGUUUGAGCUGGUAUUGGAGAAGAAUAAAUUGAUGUGCUAUGAAUCAGAACUGUUGCUCAUGGCCAAAGAGCUGGAAUUAGAAGAUCAUCAAAACUGACUGGACAAGAGCUGAAACAGAAAAAUGGACACUAGUGAUUUAUGAAAAGAAGCUACCAAUGAAUAUGCAGUGUUGGCUGGGAUUAUAAAUGGAGCAGAAGAAAGUCAAAUUUGCACCUACUUUGGAGGAACACAAGCAGCAAAAGAGAAGAACAGCAUUUUGAAAAAUGUCAGAAAUCAUCUUCUGAAGGUUCUACCCUAUCUGCCAGGCGACUUUUUGUCCUUUCAGAUUGAUAUACAUUAUAAAUGCAAGAUAUUAAUUAAAGUUGUAGAUGAAAUAACUUGGUACUGAAACUGCAAAGGGGCAGAAGGAUGUUCCUAUUAAGGUAAAUAAAAAAUAGCUCCUAACAUUGAUGUAUAUAAAGAAACAGUGGAUAGAUUCUAUGUGUUGCCUUAUCCAGUAUGCUUUCACUGUGGAAAUGCGAGUGGAAUAUUCAUCAUUUCCCAUUUCCUAGAUUUUUAAUUCUGCAUAUAUUUGAAAGUCAGAGAACUGGGGGAUUUCUUUGGAUCUCUCCUUCCUUGAGAUUAUAACCUUUCAGAAUGGGACUUGCAUAUGUUAAUUUCAUAUAUGGGGAUUUUUUUUUUAAAAAAAGGAGCAUUGCCAGUAUAUCAAUGCAUCCACAUUCAGUAUUAAUUGUUGUAGUGACAGAACAUACAACAAUUAAUAUAUGCAUUUUAUAAAUGCAUAACUGUAAACAUGUCAGUUCAGUGUUUAACAGACGUAAUUUACAAGCUAGAAAGCACUGUGAUGUUAGUGAAGCUUUAAUGCAGUGGUAAAGAUUUGCUAUUUGUACCACUGUAUUAAUAUUAAUGGGAUUAUUCUUAGCAAAAUGCAGAAAGAUCAAAUGAUCCUUGUGCUGCUGUAACCAAAGAUGACAGCAUAAUAUGCUGACAGAAAUAUGUAUGAUGAUUAUAGUUUUUACAAUAUGUUUUUGCUUCAUGAAUAGAACCAGUAUAUAAUCCUUAUGUGUAUAUAAAAUUCUGAAUUGUGAUAUUUGGUGUUAAGGGGAAAAAUUGUGACCACAUUGUUUUGUAUGAUACCAACAGUAUUCAUUAGAAGGGCUGUGCAAACAUAUAUGCCAUAUUUACACUGCAGCUGAAGAUAAAAGGCCAGAUAAUAAAAUUAAGAGCAAGAAGUUGGCACUGGGCUGGUAACUUGACUACAAUUCACAGGCACUGAUAUACUGUUGCCAUCACUGGAUGUUCUGUAGGUUAAACUGUUUGCAGGAUUUCAACCCAAUGGGGAAAAGUCGAUCCUUCAAUUUUGGUUCAUUGCCUUGUGUUCAAGAAACUGAAAUCAUCUGGUAAUGUCUUUACUUAAUUUAUAAAAUAUUUUUUGAGGGACCUGUUUUGAUUUCACACUCUAACUAGUAAGAUUAACUAUUACAUAACUAUAUCUAAGCUGCUUAAAAUGUCCUGUCUCUGGUUAAGCAAAAGCAAAAUAAACAUCUUGAGCCAAAUUACAAGUCCUAGUUGAAGCAUGAAGAAUAAACUAGAAGCUUGUACAACUAAUGAAC